AUGCGGUACAGGCCACCCUCUGCGUUGUCCACAAAGUCAACAAUGCGCUGGACAACCCAUCCCGAGGUUUUGUGCAUCGAUCCUCUGGCCAAACGGUUGACCCAGACCUCUGCCGAUCCCAAUCUGAAGGAGGUAAUAGUGGACACGAGUUGCGGAGCUGCGUUGCUUCGAGGUGCUCGCAUAUAUCCUCCGGGCGUAAUCGCCAUGGGGUCCAACGCUCAGCUGGAGGAACUUGUCAGUGUCUACGCAGAUCUGAAUGGAAAAUGCAGGCGACGGUCGAUCACCCGGUACGACAGUUCUGUGAAGAUUUUCCUGGGUACGGGCAAGGUGCUGAUGCAGCGCUAUCAGCUUUUCAACAACUCCGACCAACCAGCCAAUGGAAUCGCCGUGGAAAUGCAGUCCAACGUCAGCGGAGUGUCCUCGCUGGGCGAUUUGUGUGCCCGCAUCUUGUUGGAUGCCCCAUGUAGUGGCCUAGGCAACCGACCCCAGCUCUCCUGCAACAUCAAGAAGGCGAAGGUCCUGCAGUCGUAUCCCAAUAUUAUAUAUAUAUAUAGCACAUGUACCGUCACCGAGGAGAAAUGCGAGGGCCUGGUGUCCUGGGCGCUCCGGAAGUUUCCCGAGGUGCGCCUGGUAGAUGCUACACCUCUUGGGGGUCCAGGACUUCCGCUUCCGGAUUUGGAUGCAACCAAGUCGCGUCUGCUGCAACGAUUUGGACCCAGUAAGGAAAAUACAGACACGGUGGGCUUCUUUUUAGCCAAGUUUCAGAAAGAGAGCUAA